AUUCGUUCCCAUUAUUUGUCUAUAGUACUUCGAGUGCCACCAUGACAAGUACGAACAAAUUUCUAGCACUGUUGUUCCAUUUGGUCUGUGCAACUUUUGCCGAAUUUGCUGGUCCUUACGAGCUAAUUCCAUUGGAGUUCGGAAAAUGUAGCCCUUCAGAUUGCGAAGAAACGAAAAUCUUUUUUACAAAUUACAAAAUAAGAAAGCUCAACAGGACAAGUUACUUCUACUCUGGAGAAUUAAAUUUAACGAUUCCUUGGAGUGACGACGUAAAAAUGAUGGUUGAUAUUUCUACUUGGGGAAACGGUGGAUGGAAGCCAAACUUCUAUAAUUGGGAAGUAGGCGGCUUAUGCUCUGGAUUGGAAAAGUAUACGUUGAAAUUCAAAAAUGAUCUUUUCUCCUUUCUACACCAUCCUUGCCCUGUACCCGUGGGUGUUUACAAUAUAACCAACUUGAACUUAAGCCAGGCUAGCGAACGACUAAAGACGCUUGUUUAUGGAAAAUUCAAGGCUAUGGCAAAGGGUUACGAUCAGACCGGAAAGUGUGUAAUGUGUUGGAACUUCGUAUGCAAUUGUAUUCCCAAAAAGAAGAAAAAUACAUAAAAAAUGGAAUUAUAUUCUUCCCUCGUUUGUAACUUUUAUUUAGCACAAUUGUCCACUUAAAAACAUGUGCACCCCAGCAGAACAAGUUUUUUUUAAAUUGACAACUAAAAACUAUAUUUGAUCAAAUAAAGAAAUGAUUAUUAUAUACAUGCCAUCAGGUUAACAUAUAGACUUUAGUGUUAAAUUCUAAACUCUCCCCACUACAUUUUGUCGGUAACGAAAAAUAAUUUUGAAAUGACAAAACAUAUGAUAUUUCUAUAUACAUCUAAUUUGGAUCAAUAGAGGAAACGUUAUAGAAUUUUUAAUGUUAUUAUUUAUUAAUAGAAACAAUAACUGUUUAAAAAUUAGAAAUUUUAUUAAUGCUAUCGUAGUCUUAUUUUGAUUAGUAAAGCUUUUCAUCAAUUUUAUUGCGCAGUACCAUGUGGCAUCUGCAUAACAAUUUGAUUUUCAAAGAAAUUUGGUUCACACGUUUUUUGGAUUGCACAAAAAUCAACUUUAUUUCAAUGUUACAAAAUAUACGUUUAGUUAGAAAAUAAUUUUUUUCACCCCAAAUAUUAGAAUAUAAUUAGCUGAAGUCACAAACUUACACUUCUAACACUUUAUCUGUCACUAUAACCAUUUUUGCAACGUUCUAGGUAUUGGUUUUUAAUAAUUAUCCAUUGUAAGUAUUCUUGAUCAUAGGUUGUUGAGAUUGAAAA